UGUGGAAAAAAGGCCCCUCCCACAAGGCGGGGCUUCUGAGCUGAACUCUACAGUCAGUCAUUCUGUGCUCCUCAUCUUUUGUCAGGAACAGUUCUGCUGAGCUACUGCUGGGAGAGCUGUGCUGAGGAGAAAAUGAAGCGCACCCUGGGAUUGUGUCUGUUGAUCUGUUCAGCUCUGCUUGGACCGGGUUCAGCUAUCCGUUGUUUCAACUGUAAAGACUACACGGGCAGCUGCACCAAACAACGCGACUGCAGCUACGACGACGCCUGCCUCACACUCAGCGAAAGAGGUGGGAUGACCUAUCGUCAGUGUCUGAAGUACUCGGACUGCGAAUACAACCGCCUGGCCCAGAUGUUCCCCCAGGUUUCCAGGUUCACCUUCAAGUGCUGCAACUCAGACCUGUGCAACUCUGCCCCCCACUUUGCAGCGAGCUCUGUGAUUGGUCUGCUGUCCUCUGUGGCCAUCAUGUGGUGGUGCAUCCACUGAAAGCUCAGCGGCCCCCCCUGGAGUCUCGACAGCUCAGCAUGAAGGCCAAGCUUCAGCUUGUUCAUCAACGUCUCAGCUCCAUCAGCAAUACCCUGAUCCAAUUGCCAGCCUCCAUCCCUCCAUCUAUCACACGUCUGGGGGGGGGGGGGGGGUUGUCCUCCCCAGCAGAAACCACUAGGAUCUGCUGGAUCACAGCUCAGCAAUAGACUGCAACAGCUUCAAAGUGUCUUAAAUGUUUUCCUUUUUUUCCUCACUUUGUACUAAAUGUAUCCUGAAACCUUCUUGAAUGGUUUUCAACCUGAAUUGUUCUUAAACAUUUUAAACAUUUGUAAAGUGUUUCCAAAAUGUUCCUGGAAUCCCUAACGUUCCCUAAACGCUGCUUCAACUUUCCUGAACUGUUUCUGAAACUGCUUCCAUUCCAAAAAUGCUUCCUUAACAUGUUUGACCGACCUGAACAAAGAACUGGGAUCCAUCCUGUCUUGACUGUAGAAGCCGACUGCAGCUUCAGCUUAAAGCAAUAAAGGUGUGAACUCCU